CUUCCAUGUCCUAGUUAUUGUAAAUAGUGCUGCAAUGAACAGCCAGAUCCUUCUUAAAGCAAAGACAAUGGCAAGGCACUGAGGAAAGUGUAACCCUUCCUCUAACUUAAGGAAAAGGACCCCAAGAUCUGUGGAGCCAAGUCAUCGAUAUGUCUGUGCUGUGGCUGCUUCUGGGCCUCCUUGUCCUUACAGGUUCAUCGGAAAGCAGCAGUUGGGGAUGCUAUGGAGACAUCCGGACCCUCCACACCCCUGGGGCAUCUUGUGGCAUCGGAAGGCGUCAAGGCCUGAGCUACUGCGGAGUUCGUGCUUCUGAAAGGCUGGCUGAAAUAGACAUGCCGUCCCUCCUGAGAUAUCGGCCUGUCAUGCGUACUGUUGGCCAGAAGUACUGCGUGGACCCUGCUGUGAUCGCUGGUGUCUUGUCCAGGCAGUCUCAUGGCAGCAACGUCCUGGCCAAUGUGGACGGUGUGGGUGAUGGAGUCAAGGUGGUACAGGACCCUGGUCUUUAUGCUCCCACAUCCUGGAUCAGUGAGGCCCAGGUUUCCCGAGUGACUGAAGUCCUGACUGUGAGAAUCAAAGAAAUCCAGAGGAGGUUCCCAACCUGGACCCCUGACCAGUACUUGAGAGGUGGACUCUGUGCCUACACGGGAGGUGCUGGCUACAUCCGAAGCAGCCAGGACCUGAGCUGUGACUUCUGCAACGAUGUCCUUGCACGAGCCAAGUACUUCAAGAGACAAGGCUUCUAAAACUUCAGGUCAAACCCAAGAUCCCUAUCAUGCAGCCGGCCUCAGCCAUUACACAAAUAAAAGUAGCCAAUGAGGCCAAUAACUGUGAAUCUGAGUUUGCCUGAAUGUCAUCAAAAUAACGUGAAUCACA